CAUUUUCAAAAUGGCGUAAUCUGAACGAAAACAAUGUGGUGUUGAAAAGUAUAGUGGGAAACGAGAGGAUUUCGUUUAAUUCACCGCACCGAAAACUAUAAAUUCUGCCACAUUAUGACGGUGUGCAACUUUUGGAUGCAAGGCCGGUGUCGAUAUGGCGACAAGUGUUGGAAUGAGCACCCAAAAGGCGGCGGCGGUGGUGGUGGUAGCGGGUACGGUGGAGAUAACAACAGCCGUCCCCCUCAACAGUCCAACAGAGGCGGAGGAGGAGGGUUUGGGAACAGAGUGUGGGUGAACCCAGCUCAGAGGUCUGGAGGAGGAAACUACGUCCAGCCGUCGUCCUUCUCCUCCCAGCAGGGUGGGGAUGACUGGGGGGGAGGAAGAGGAGGGGGAGGAGGGGGAGGUGGGGGCAACAACUGGGGUCCAGGAGGAGGAGGAGGAGGAGGAGGAGGAGGAGGAGGAAGGGACACCCAAGUCAAGAGCUCCAACUUCAGUUUCGCAGCCUCCUCUCCAAACCAAAACAGAUUUUCUGCCUUAAACACUCAAAGCAGCUUCGACAAGGCUGGGAGGGAAGAAGAUGACAAUGAGAAACACCUGGAGACCAUCCAGAAGGAUAUGGAGAUCUGGGAGACUUCAGGCCAGUGGCUUUUCUCCUGUUACUCUGUCCUUAAAGCAACCAUCUCAGGGUUUACAGAGCUCUCUCCAGAGGAGCUGAGACUGGAGUAUUACAACGCCAAGCCGUCUGGAGACCUGCAGGGAUAUGCUAACGUCAUCAAUCAGCUGGUCAACCAAUGGAGAAGCAGAGUCCAGGAGCUGAGGGCUAUGAGUGGCAACACCAGAGUCGCUAUGCUUGCAGAGCUGGACAACCCAGCACCACAGGCAGCGUCUGGAGGUUUUGGGUCGACACCAGUUACCGGCUUUGGGUCCUCAGCACCAUCAGGCUUUGGAGCAGGUUUCGGAGUGCCGGCCCAGGCCCCAGUCCAGGACACCACGGGUGCCAUCAAUUUCAGCUUUGCUGCGCUGGGUGCAGCUUCUGGUUUGGGCAGUGCUGUGGCAGCCAUCGCACAACCUCCCACUGGGAUCGGCUCUACAGCCACCACUGCUCCCUCGGCAGCAGGUUUCUCCUUUGCCACCACCAAGGAGCCGACCUCUGCCGGUUUCGGAGCUCCUGCCUCUCCGUCCGGGUUUAGCUUCGCCUCGACGACCACCGGUGGAGGAGGAGGAGGAGGAUUUGGAGGGAGUGGUUUCGGGAGUGCGGUGCCAGUGGCUGCAAGUGGUUUUGGACAGGCGAGUGGAGGGUUUGGGGGUAUGGCCCCAACAGACAGUCUCUUCACCGCCAAGAGCCAGCUGAGUGAAGAGGAGCUGAAGGAGUUUGGAGGGAAGAGGUUCACCCUGGGGCAGAUACCACUCAGACCUCCCCCUGUUGAUAUGCUGGUGGUCUGAGCCCACCAUGGACAUCUGCAAAAUGGUUUGUCUCCUUUCCUUUAACUGACCUGAUGGGAAAGACCUGGACUGAAUGUCUCUGAACCCUUUUUGAUGAGUAAAAAAAACAACAACACUUAUUUACAGAAUCUUCCCCCAUCCUUGAUGUGUAAUCGCUGAUCUGACUAGUUUCUACUGAUAAAAAUCGAUCAAAUGGAUUCUGAAUGAUGCCACAUCACGUUUCAACCAAGAUGGUGUUCCUGGUAAUAGUUCCUUGGCCAUGUGGUUGAAAUGUUUCCUUUUUAAAUGGAGGAGGAGAAUGUAAGACACGUGAUCAUAGUGGGACUACUGCACCAGGAACUCAAAUGGGCUACUGUUUUGCUAUUUUAAAAUAAAAAUAAGUGGGUUUUAAUUAUGGUUGGUGGUAUUUUUGCUACGCAUAGCAUUUUUAAACCAAGUUAUGGGCGUUUUGUUGCCUUACAACCUGGAAUUAAAAUUGAUUUUUUUUGGGGGGGUUGUAUCAUUUGAUUUACACAACAU